CCGCGUGUUCCUAAACUUUUGCAUAUUGUUAUCAAAUCCAUAUAGUUUAAAUUUAGUUCUCUUCAAGGUAAGGAUUUGAAAAAUUCAUAUGCAAAUAUUUUUUGUAAAAUGUAUUGUUUUAAUUCUUCAGUUCAAAAUUUACUCUUAACCCAAUUAAGUAUCAUACAUUCUAAUAAUCUAAUUUGUAUUCCGAAGUUUAAGGAUUGGAAAGAAAAGGAGGAAUUGGCCACAUCGACACGCUAUGUCCAACAUAGAGGAUGUAAAACCAAUAUGGACAAAACUAUCACUACCAAAUAUUUCUGCCAUCGGUCUGGAGCAUUUAAAUCAAAAGGAAAAGGAGAACGUGCGUUAAAGAUAACUGGAUCUUGUAAAAUUGAUAAAUGCUGUCCUUCUUUUAUAAGAACUGUUGCUGGACCGAUUAGUGUCGAAGCAACAUAUUGCAAGACUCACAUAGGUCACCAAAAUGAAAUAAGAUUUCUUCCUAUUCCAACUGGUGUUCAAGAAAAAAUUGCUGGUAUACUUGUAUUUAUUUUUGAGAUUUACUCUUACCAGGUGGAGUUGAACAUGGUCUAAUAUAUUAAUAAUAAUUAAUAUUGUACUUUAUUGUUUUUCUCUGUAAUUAUUCUGUUUUUGUAUAUUAUUUUAACGAUUGAUUGUU